AUGUAAAUUAUGUAAAAUUCACAUUCUCCACCACCUGCGAAAAAACAGCAUCUUAAAUUACAUGUUUAACCUAUUUAAUUACCAGAUGCAAUUAUGUUAAAUAAGACUGCUGGAAAUUCAGAUACAGAGAUUGGUUGUAGAAUUAUCAAAACUGAAAGAAUUACAGCAAUUAAACAAAAUAAAAAGUUUCAUAUAAAGUAAGGUUAAAAUAACAAUACACAUAACAGAUUGUAAACUAAUCAUCCACGAAUUUUGUAAUAAGAAAAUGACGGUUUAUCUUUAAUAUUGUAUAAAUAAUCUUAGACAUCAACAUCUGAAAAAGUAAUUACAAGUAUUAUCUUAUUCAAAUAAUAGAAUAAUUAGUCCAUGACUUAAGAAAUAAAAUAGAUUAAUAGGAUUCAGUUAUUAGAUUAUAAGAGUUCAAAAUUAAUAGAUUAUAAUAGGAACUGUUAUCUCAAAAAUAAUAUUGCUCAAAUUUAUUAGCUAAAAUAUAUUAAAAUGAUCCUAAAAAUUAAUACCUUAGUACUGUGAAAGUUCCUAAAUUAGGCCCUCAGUUUUAAGAAAAUACUUAAUUAAGUUCCUUACAACCGUCUUUAUUAAGAAUACCAAAUAAUCAUGAUUCAAUAAAAAUUAAAUAUUUGCAAACUUAAGUUAUUUAAUUCAAACAGUAAUAGUAAGAAUUAAAAAAUUUUAUUAAAGAAACUUUUUUGUCUGUAAAAAAGAUUCUUUAAUCUUUUGAAGUAUUAUCAAAAGAAAAAAUUUAAACAUAUCAAAUGGAACAGUAAUUUAUUAUACAUUCUCUUUAAGAAAUGAUUAAAAAAAACAAUCUGUAAUUUUAUUUUUUAAUAAGAUAGAUACAAUAAAGAAGAAUUGAGCCGAAUAAAUCAAAAAGCUGAAAUUAUUUGUUAAGAAUUAAUUCUUUCUGAAGCAUAAAAAGAGGUCUACUAUUAAAAAUGUCUUUCAUUAUUAAGUUGA